AUGUUGGAAGUAAGUUUCUUGAUGUUUGUCUGAUUCCAUUUAUUUUCUUAAACUCUUUAAUCUCUAUUAAAACAUUUAGAUUUGAGAUAAUUUACUUUCCAAAAAUAUUGUUAUAUAUUGAUUUUGAAAGAGCCUUCUUUCAACAGUUUAUUUAAUCAAAAUGUUAAAUUGCAGGCAUUUUUUGUAUGUUUUAUUUGUAUGAUUGCAGGACUAUAUAACUCUUAUUCUGGUAUGAUAACUAUAAUAUGUGUUAUUGUAGUCAUCAGUGCAUUGUGUUCAUGAUAGCCACAAGGGGUCUCUGUUAUGUUUGUAUCCAACCUCUUGGAUUCUGCAAAAUACUACAAAUAUGAGUAUUCUGAUGAGAAACGAUCCUAGAAAUAUAUAUGUAUGACAAAGUAAUGCUAAAGUUAAACACGUCAUACUUAAAUGCUUUCUGCUUGUAUACUUUAUACUUGUAAUCUGCUUUCCUAUCACACUAAUGUUUGUGUUUUCUUCACGUCUUUUAGCAAUCUAAUCUAAAGUACUUUGUUUUGAUGUAGUUGAUGUGUUCUGUUUGUUCCAGUUAACAGUUCCCCAACCCGUCCUUCCCCACUCUAGUGAGGAGCUGUCCAGUAAGUCAACAGCCACACUGACGUGUCUGGCCAACAAGGGCUUCCCCUCAGACUGGACCAUGAGCUGGAAAGUGGACGGGACCAGCAAGAAGCAGGAGGCCAGUCCCAGGGUCCAGGAGAAGGACGGCCUGUACAGCUGGAGCAGCACACUGACUCUCACUGCCCAGGAAUGGACCAAGGCAGGAGAGGUGACCUGUGAAGCCCAGCAGAAAUCCCAGACUCCAGUCACCAAGACCCUGAGGAGGGCUGACUGUUCUGGGUAG